GCUUCCGGUCGAGUGGCGGAUGUGACGUCAUAAAUAAGCUUCGUGUUUACUAAUGGCGGCUACACUGUCCUCUUAUAAAAUAAAGUUACUGUAAAUAGAAAGUAGUUUACUUCAACGAAUUCAACUUCAGUGAAUCAGUGAUGGCGGAUCUUACGGUGACAUCCGGAGGUUCGCUAAACUCAGGAGCGCGUGGGGCUGGAAAUAAAGCUGCCUCAAGCCCAUCAGAGAACUACCACCUUGCAAGACGUCGUACGCUGCAGGUUGUUAUCAGCGCCCUCCUUACAGAGAGUGGUUUUGAGAGUGCAGAGAAGGCAGCAGUGGAGACCCUGACUGAGAUGAUGCAGAGCUAUAUAACUGAAAUUGGUCGCUGUGCUAAAGCAUAUUGUGAACACACAGCCAGAAGCAUUCCAACAUUGUCGGAUACAGUGAUCACACUUAUUGAAAUGGGUUUCAGUGUCGACACAUUGCCUGUUUAUGCGAAAAGGUCACAGAGGAUGGUCAUAACUGCCCCUCCAGUGACAAAUCAGCCUGUGACUCCUAGAGCACUGUCAGCCGGACAGAAACGCACACAUCCACCUCACAUCCCAAGUCACUUCCCAGAGUUUCCUGACCCUCACACCUACAUUAAAACACCUACAUUCAGAGAGCCUGUUUCAGAAUACCAAGUGGUGAGAGAGAAGGCAGCAACUCAGAGGAGAGAUGUAGAGCGAGCGCUCACGCGCUUCAUGGCCAAGACCGGAGCAACUCAAAGCCUCUUCAAAGAUGACAUCACUGCCUUCCCAUUGAUCGCAGCACGACCCACUGCCAUCCCGUAUCUCAGUGCCCUCCUGCCCUCAGAACUGGAACUGCAGACGCUGGAAGAGACGGACUCCUCUGAGCAAGAUGACCAGACAGACAGUGAGAACACAGCGGGCAACAUCAUCAGUGAUGAUCCAGGAGCUGACAAAGAGAACUCCAUGCUCCCUCCCAGUGGUGUUGUUUCCUCCACAAAGGCCAGUGAGGACAACGUGAUUGACAACCCUUACCUCCGCCCAGUUAAGAAACCCAAAGUGAGGAGGAAGAAAUGACCUGAACCGACAGACUUGCAUCCAUCAUCGUGCUUGGUGCUUUCAGCAGCAGAUUGUUCAUCAGAGAGAAGCAGCCCAGCAGCUCCUUUCCCUUAAGUGCUGGGACCAGUAUUGUUGCUGACUUCAGCAAACGGACUGACUUCUGUUAAGGAUAAUGUUCUUCUGCUUUAUCAAUUGUUUGUUUGUUUUCUUUUCAACAAGCACUCACUUUGUCUGAGCUUCAUAGUGUAAUAUACAAAUACAGCAGUCCACUUAUUUUGUAAAUAAAGAGAAACAGGUUUCUUUUUUUUAA